AUGCUUGAGGUUCAAGAGUCCAUUCUUAUUUCUGCAGCCCCUGCAAAAGUCUGGCAGAAACUGAUGGACCUGAAAAGCUGGUCAGAAUGGAACACGUUUGUCACAUUCAUCGAGGUGCAGGCUCCUCACACCGAGUUGUGCAUCGGCAGCAAGCAAACUAUAACGAUCAACAAAUCGCAAUCGUACACCAACACUGUUUCGGUCCUAGAUAUUGAAAAAGAGCUUCGCUGGAACGGCAAUAUCCUGAUGGCAGCCUUCUUUAACACUGAGCACUGGUGUCGCUUGGAGCCGAUUGCAGGCGAUAAAGAGGCAACCCGCUUUAUUCAGGGUGAACGUUUCUCUGGUAUUUUGGCACCAAUCGUUGGGGCUAUGGGAAAAUUAGACGAUUUGAGAAAGGGUUAUGCGAGGAUGAAUUUGGACUUGAAACAAGUGAUUGAAGCACAGGUGAAGGAAUAA